CAGCUGGAACCUCAGCAACCCGGAGCCCACAUCCUCGGAGUACACCGCCCUGCUGAGGGACACCCAGGACCAGAAUAUUCUCCCAACAGAGAUGACACCUUGACUGAGAAGCCUGGUGAACCUGCAGGAAGCCCCAGCCCACGGAAGGUGGCGAGAAUCUUGAUGCUGUGCCUCAUCGAAGAGAACCAUGCGCACAGGGUCUUGGAUGAUGAGGAAAGUUGUCCAACCCUUGUCAAGGAUGGUUGAGGCACAGUGGGGUCAGCAGGAGCCCUGGGGCGAUGACAGGAGAUGGCUCACCCCACCACUUGUCUCCCCAGACCUCCCCGUCUGGGCCCUCAUCCUCAUCUGCUUGCCGGGAAUCCUGGUGCUCAUCACAGGCCUGAUCUGCUGUGUCCUGCACGAUGAACUUGCAGAUAGUCUUCCUUGUGCAGAAGGAGAGUUUAUCUUCCUUCGUCUUAAUGUUCUUCGUGAGUAUUUGGAAAGAGAGCUCACCAUGGCCAGCCUACCGUUCACAUUUGAUGUCGAGAGGAGCACUGAUGACUGGGUCUUCAUGUGCUUCUUUGUGGGAAAUGACUUCCUUCCUCACCUGCCGUCGUUAGAGAUUCGGGAAGGUGCAAUUGACCGUUUGGUUAACAUAUACAAAAAUGUGGUUCACAAAACUGGGGGUUACCUUACAGAAAGUGGUUAUGUCAGUCUGCAAAGAGUACAGAUGAUCAUGUUAGCAGUUGGUGAAGUUGAGGAUAGCAUUUUUAAAAAGAGAAAGGAUGAUGAGGACAGUUUUAGAAGACGACAGAAAGAAAAGAGAAAGAGAAUGAAGAGAGAUCAACCAGCUUUCACUCCUGGUGGAAUAUUAACCCCUCAUGCCUUGGGUUCAAGAAAUUCACCAGGUUCUCAAGUAGCCAGUAAUCCGAGACAAGCAGCCUAUGAAAUGAGGAUGCAGAAUAAUUCUAGUCCUUCAGUAUCUCCUAAUACGAGUUUCACUUCUGAUGGCUCCCCGUCUCCGAUAGGAGGAAUUAAGCGAAAAGCAGAAGACAGUGACAGUGAACCUGAACCAGAGGAUAACGUCAGGCUUUGGGAAGCUGGUUGGAAGCAGCGGUACUACAAGAACAAAUUUGAUGUUGAUGCAGCUGAUGACAAAUUCCGUCGUAAAGUUGUACAGUCUUACGUUGAAGGGCUCUGCUGGGUUCUGCGAUAUUAUUACCAGGGCUGUGCUUCCUGGAAGUGGUAUUAUCCAUUUCAUUAUGCACCAUUUGCUUCAGACUUGGAAGGUAUUGCAGACAUGCCUUCUGAUUUUGAGAAGGGUACUAAACCGUUUAAACCACUGGAACAACUUAUGGGAGUUUUUCCAGCUGCAAGUGGUAACUUCCUACCUCCAUCAUGGCGGAAGCUCACGCGUGAUCCUCACUAG